AUGAGUACAAGGUCACAAAUUGAAGGCUCAAGCCCAGUACUUUUGGGUUUAAGAAGGAAUACUAUAUCGAAGAAAGAAGGAAGGAAUAUCAAAUUCUCUACAAGUAAUUCAAAGAAAAGAAGUAAAGAUUAUUUUAAAUAUGGUUCACGAAAGUGCUAUAUGAGGAUAUAUGGGUGA